AUGGGGUACGACUUGGUUAUAGUCAACGGGAUCGUAGUGUCGGAUACCGAAGUUCGAGAGUGGGAUAUCGCUAUCAAAGACGAGAAGAUCGCGAAAGUAGUUCAAAGAGGAGGCUUGAAAGAUGCCAAAGCGACGAGGACGAUAGACGCUGAAGGUGGCUAUGUUAUGCCAGGAGGUGUAGACGCUCAUGUACAUCUCCAAGAACCUCCGUUGUUUGGCAACGGCUCGACGGCAGACAACUACGAGACUGGCAGUAGAUCGGCCGUAUGUGGUGGUACCACCACCAUGGUAACUUUUGCGCCACAGAAGAAGACUGAGGAUACUCUUCUUGAUACUUUGGCGGCCACUCAUGAACGAGCAAAGGACAAUUGCUACAUCGACUACUCUUUCCACAUCAUCGUUGGUAAUCCCUCGGAAAAGGCUCUCUCAGAGUUCAAGACUCUGAGGGAGGAAGGCAUAUCCUCAUUGAAGAUCUACAUGACCUACGAGGCCCUUCAGCUACACGAUGGCCAGAUUCUAGACAUCCUCCUCGAAGCCCGGAAACAAGGCAUAACGACUAUGAUCCACGCCGAGAACGGACAGGUAAUCGAUUGGAUGACCGCACAACUUGAAAAGAAGAAGCUCUUCGCGCCAAAGUACCACGGAUCGUCCCACCCACCCAUGGCGGAAACGGAAGCCACCUACCGCGCAAUCAGUUUAUCAGAGUUCAUGGACACGCCAAUCCUCAUCGUCCACGUAUCCACACCUGCAGCAGCCGCCCACAUCAAAGCAGCACAAGACCGUGGUCUACCCAUCUACGCCGAAACCUGCCCACAGUACCUCUUCCUCACAAAUCAAGAUCUCGACCAACCAGGUUUUGAAGGCGCAAAAUGCGUAUGCUCGCCUCCACCGCGGGAGAGCGAGGCAGAAUGCGACGUAAUCUGGGAAGGACUCGCAAACGGUACUUUCACAAUCCUGUCCUCAGACCACUGUCCCUUCCGCUACGAUGACCCCGAGAUGGGUAAGAAAUCCAGCAUCAGUGCUGAAUACCCACUGGGCCACUUCAAAUACAUACCAAACGGCUGUCCCGGAAUCGAAACAAGACUCCCACUUACACUAAGCGCGAAUCGUCUCAAGCUCACUAAAUUCGUAGAAGUCACGUCUGCAAAUCCGGCGAAGCUGUACGGGCUUUACCCAAAGAAAGGCGCAUUAGUGGAAGACGAGUCGGAUGCUGAUAUCAAUAUCUGGUAUCCGGAGGGUAAAAUGGAGGAAUUUGAGUUGGCGAAUAGCAUGUUGCAUCAUGAUGUUGAUUAUACGCCUUUUGAGGGAAGGAGGCUGAAGCAGUGGCCGAGGUAUACGCUGCUGAGGGGGAAGGUGGUCUGGGAUAGGGAGAAUGGGGGAUUGUUGGGCGAAAAGGGGUAUGGAAAGUUUACGAAGAGGGAUACAAGUAGUCUUGCUAAACCUAUGAGGGAGGGGGAGUGGGUGCUGCCGUUGUAG